AGUUUGAGCCAGCAGCUUAGCAUCGAUGUUGCUCAGGUUCCAGCUUGUGCUCAAAACUGUGCCAAACAACUCCCUGCCGAGUGCGAAGGCAACCCUCAAUGUAUCUGCAGCCACCCCGAAUUCAUGAAUGACAUGGCCUGCUGUGUCGCUUCUGCUUGUUCGUCUGCAGACCUCAUUCUGACUCAGCAAUUCUCUGGUCAGCUCUGUGGUAUUGUUGGCGAAUCUCUUCCCGCAAAACCUACCUGUACCACCACUGUCAAGCCCGUGGCCAAUCCCAACUGGACUUAUGUUGGCUGCUACAGCGAGGCCACCAACUACAACCGUGCCUUGAAUUCGACCUACUUCAUCGACAGUAAUGCUAUGACUCCUUCCUCUUGCCAGUCUUUCUGCAAGGCUCGUGGUUGGAAGUUUGCCGGUGUUGAAUUUGGUCAAGAGUGCUGGUGCGGUAAUGCUAUUCAAUUGAUCAAUGGAGCAAAGAAGUUGGCAGACGACACUUCUUGCAACAGAAACUGUGCUGGUGAUAAUACCAAGAAGUGUGGUGGUUCUGCCACUCUCAACAUCUACAAGUCUCCUUCAAUCUAAGAUAUUCUUGCUCUCUCGAUCACUCAGCAGAAUAGUAUCUUUAUGUAUAGAUAAAUACAAACAAUAAAAUUCGAGCGCUG